AUGUCGAAGCGCAGGCGUAACAAUUGUCAAUCGGUUGACGAUUUGCGAAAAGAUGUCAACAAGGAACUACAUCAAGAAUAUGUGGGGUCGAGGAUAUUAAGUGAUAUCCAAUCUAUUAAUUUGAAAGUCUGCAAUGAUCUAAAUGUUGAUGUAAUUCUGUUUGUUCUUGUUUUGAAAUAUGGGUUGUCACUUGUGUGCUCUAUUGCCAAUGUUGCGUCGUCUUUGCUUGUACUCCCCGUGAAUGUACGUAAAGAAGGGUUGGCUUUGGUAUGUCCCAAUUUAGAAGAAGAAGAUGUAAAUGUUCUUUUACAGUCCGCUUCUAAAUUAAAAGUUCCUAGUACAACCGAUAGGAAGUUGCAUGUAUUUACACCUCCAUGCUCCAAAUGUAUUAAGUGCAACCAUGACCUUGUGAGUACGGUAAUGGGAAAGAUGGCUGGAUGUUAUAUCGAACAAAGAAAAAUGAUCGAGGCUACGGAUCUCUGUUUUGUUGAUUCAACUUUGCUUCAGUGGCAGCUGUCACUCGCUUGUCAUUCGUGGGUAUCAUUUAACGGUUUUUCUGAAGCGUUUAAUGAAGUAUACAAUGGCAAUUUUGGAGAGAAACAAGUUGCUGCUUCAUUUUGGGUCGGCGAGAUGGAGAAUGAGUUGAGGGAAUUGGGGCAACUGGACUUUUUUGGUUUGCUUAAAGAAGAUGGGAACUCUUCUAGUGUUCUAGAACAAAUCGACAAAAUUAGGGCGAGAAGUUUGUACGAGCAUACAUCAGAUGAUUGUUCUGAUACUUGCAAAGAGCGCGGAUGUGGAAGGCUAUGGGUUGCCGAUGGAAUAUGGAAAUUAAUGUUUCCUCAUUGCAUGAUGCGUAGAAAGAAUUUUGUAAAAGGUAUUCCAUUGCUAAACUAUCCCAAUGUAUGCACUGAGUCGCCUCAACAUGGAAAGGCAUUCUGCGAACAGCAUGUGCAAUAUUUGGAAAAAAACUUCCCUAAUGUACCCACUAGUGUGCGUGGAUUUUUAAGAUAUUGUGGUGUGAAGCCAAGUAACAUAGGUGAAGAAUUGAUUGACGACACAGGUCUGCUUUCUAACAAUGACGUGUCAAAAUGGACGAAACACUGGGAAAGCUUGAUAAAGAUGACGACACUUUUCAGUAGAAAUAGUGUUGUUAGAUCACAAGGUAUAUUUGUCUAA